UCUGAGCUAAGAGAUAGAAAGGCAAAAUGUAAGCGUGAAUUACCAGAAUUUGAGACCGAUAAUAGCGAUACAUCAGAUGAGAUGGAAUCUCGAAGCAUUGCUUCCUCAAAUUGUUCUGAUAUUUUACCCUAUGUUGUUACA